GUACUAUUUGAUUUUUCCCAAGGCUGUGGCUAAGUUUCCGUUUCGAAAACGGUGGCGAAGUUUAUUCACUUAUUGAAGUGGGAAAAACCAGAAUCAGUCAAUUUUUUGCUGUCUACUUGUUGAUCGUAUCAUCAUUAUGUUUAGUGUUAUGUGUAUUUUGUUGUCAACAUUUGCUGGCGUUUAUUCAGUACCUGAGCAUAAAUUAAAGAUACCUAAUAGUGAAAAUGUUAUUGAUCCGUGUAAUCCAAACAAAUAUGUCAAGUCAAUUGGUCAUUUCAAUGGUGAAGGUGGUGGACCUCUCAAUCCAUUUGGUUCAGAUUUUGAAAAGAAACGAUCAUGGGAUAUGAUAUGUCAAUUAGAUAGUGAUGGUGAUGGAUUUACUAAUGGUCAAGAGUUAGGAGAUCCUAAAUGUCAAUGGAAAAUAGGCGAUAUACCUGAAAGAACAAUAAAUAUUACUCAUCCUGGUGUAUGUACUCCUGUUGAUUCUCAAGUGUGUAAGAGUUUAAAUAUUUGUAAAACUAAUCUGAACAAUGGUUGUGGUCCAACAGAAUUUUCAACUGCUAUGCUAGCUGUAGGCACAAUACUUAUUGUUCUGCUUACACUGUUUAAAUUAGUCAGUAAUCCUGAAGUACAAUAUCGUUUUGAAUAUGGUUAUUGGCCAUCAGGUUGUUGUUCUCUAGUCGCCUAUGAUAAACCUGGUUUUUCAUGGGAUGUUUAACACCUUAUACAUUUAAAAGAAAAUUUCUCUUUUUGUAUAUUUAUCAUAUUUAUUGCGUAAAAUUUCUAUUUUCCUUCUUUUUACACACUUUACUUUAUUGUUGUGUCUUUGAAGCGGACAGUGAUAUUCUUAGCAGGCUAUAAUAUAUGCUUUGAAAUAAUGACUAUGAUAUGUAUGUAGCAUUUUCCCGG